UUAUUAAAAAGCACACGAAAUUUAUUCAAAAAGUACAACGUACAGUUACCAUCAUCAGAAGUACUGCCCUCAAUGUCAUCAGAUGCAGAAAGUUUGCAAGCUAGAUGGUCUGAUAUCCAAAAAGCGUAUGAAGUAGACACUCAUACACCUCUAGUUUUUCGAAGUCUUUACAAAUUAAAGGAUUAUUACUUUUCACCUUUACAGCACAAUGCUAUGAAAGUUAAAAUUGCAGCACAGACACUCAGCAGAAGCAGUUCAGUAUAUAUUUACCAGUUAGUUCAAAAAGACAUACAUCCAGCACGAGCAAUGGCAACAGCAUGUUUUAUUGCAUUAAUAGAUGAAUUAUUUAAUAGUUGUAAUGGGAGUGCAAUAACUGCCCCUGACGGCAAGCCGUAUAAAUGUCAAGUUACGAGCAAUACAGGACACAAUGAAUUUUGGGAUUUAACAAGGACCAGAAUAGAGCAAUAACGAUUUUUGAGGA